AUGUCAGGCCGUGGAAAGGGAGGCAAAGGACUGGGAAAGGGAGGAGCAAAGCGUCAUCGCAAGGUUCUUCGCGAUAACAUUCAGGGAAUCACCAAGCCUGCUAUCAGAAGGCUCGCUCGUAGGGGAGGUGUGAAGCGUAUCAGUGGUUUGAUCUAUGAAGAAACUCGUGGUGUUCUCAAGAUCUUUCUAGAGAAUGUCAUCAGAGAUGCCGUGACAUACACCGAGCACGCUCGCCGGAAAACUGUUACCGCCAUGGAUGUGGUUUAUGCUUUGAAGAGACAAGGCCGUACCCUUUACGGGUUCGGUGGCUAG